AUGUCUUUUUUCUUUUAUUUUUCAGUUUUCUUUGUCUCCUUUUUGGGAGUCUGUCUGUCACACUCCCUUCUCACCACAACUGACAUCAUGGGAAAUCUUCUUAGGGUGCUCACCAAAGAUGACUCUGCUAAAAAUUAUGACGUAUAUGUCGACUUUGAAAAUGCUAAACCAACUGAAAAUGAAAUUGAUGUGUGGGCGAAAGUCAACGAGGUGUUGCUAUGUUCAAAUUCAAUCCUUGUUGAUAUGGCAAAUUACCAUGGUGCUGCCGAAGAAAUUCGUUUGGCCAUUUCUUUCCCUCAGAAUGAAGAAUACCAGGAAAAAGCUUGGUCAGCUGUCUAUCCAAUGGUACUGAAACUCAAAGAAUUCUAUGAAUUUUCUAUCAGUUUAGAAAAUGUGAUUCCAGUAUUGCUGCGGGAAUUGUGCUCUUCCAAUCUGACAUCACGACAACAUCUUGAGACACAGCAGGCACUCUUCAAACAGUUUGCUGAAAUUCUGGAUUUUGUGUUAAAAUUUGAUGAUCUCAAGAUGACCACCCCAGCAAUCCAAAAUGACUUUAGUUAUUACAGACGAACUGUUAGUCGAAAAAGAAUGGCUAAUGAAUCUCUCUCUUUCUCUCUCCCUUUCUCUUCCCCCUCUUUCUCUCUCCCUUUCUCUUCCCCCUCUUUCUCUCUCCCUUUCUCUUCCCCUCUUUCUCUCUCCCUUUCUCUUCCCCUCUUUCUCUCUCCCUUUCUCUUCCCCCCUCUCUCCCUUUCUCUUCCCCCCUCUCUCCCUUUCUCUUCCCCCCUCUCUCCCUUUCUCUUCCCCCUCUCUCCCUUUCUCUUCCCCCCUCUCUCCCCCCCUCUCUCCCUUUCUCUCCCCCCUCUCUCCCUUUCUCUUCCCCCCUCUCUCCUUUCUCUUCCCCCUCUCUCUCCUUUCUCUUCCCCCCUCUCUCCCUUUCUCUUCCCCCUUCUCUCUUCCCCCCUCUUUCUCUUCCCCUUUCUCUUCCCCCCUCUCUCCUUUCUCUUCCCCCUCUCUCCCUUUCUCUUCCCCCCUCUUUCUCUUCCCCCCCUCUUUCUCUCCCCCCCUCUCUCCUCUCUCCCCCCCUUUCUCUCUCCCCCUCUCUUCUUCUUCUCUCCCAGGAUUUGA